AGAGCACCCAGUUGGGCUUGAAUUUUCGCAUCAGACCAUAAGCCCAAUAAUAAUAUGAUGUUGAGGCCGGUACCCGAUUAGAAAAACCCGGUCACCGCCUUCUGCCAUAUAAAAGCGCGCCAUACCGCAUUUUAACCGAAGGUUGCGGAAGCCAAACGACUAGAACUAGGGUUAGGGUUUUCUAAAUCGUCAGAGCACAAUAAGCAAACCAAAGUAAUCGGAACGAUGAUCUACGACGUCAACUCACCCCUCUUCCGAUCCUUCCUCAGCCAGAAGGGAGGCUCCUCCGAUAAGAGGAAGUUGGAAGAGCAGAAGCCCAAGGAACAUAGGCCGAAGGCCAGUGAGAACAAGCCCGUAAUGAAUGAGUGAAAGAAUCUUGGCAUGAUAAGCAAUGGAUCGGUUUAGAAUUAGUAUUUUGUUUAAGACAAGCUUUUUGCGCUGUCAUGGCAUAUCCGUAUCUUUUCAAACAAUACAUUUGUAGUUAAAAGUUCUUUUCACCAUCCGAAUCAUGAUUUAGUAUAUUUGGAAAUGUAGUUCGUAUUGGAAUGAAACAUGAAGUAUUCUCAUCCUGCAAAUAGCCUUAAGUAUGAGGCGUGGUGAUUUUCACCAACUGCAAUGCUUAUAAAGUGAGACCUUUUCACUCC